CGAGAGGAAAGAACACAUAGCUCAAACUUUCAGCACAUGCUCGCCAAGUUCCGUCCCCUCAUGGCGACGGCGGCGAAGGCAAGGGCGCCGCCGGCCGUGACGGCUUCCACAGCGGCGGCGGCAGCGGUGGAGCGGGAGGAGCACGUGCACUACAAGCACACUGAUGCGUGCCACCAACUCCGGUGGACAGCCAAGGAAAGCUAUGAGUACAUGUACGCGCGGCCGUGGAGCAGGGUGGUCGACUUUUAUGCCGAGCUCGUGCGCGCCGGCGCCGGCGCCGCGGGUCUCGCCAAGCUAUUUGGGAAAGAUGAGAAAGACUACACCCUUUUUACUGCUGGAGAAAAUUAUCUAACACCGUCAGAAAAAACAACGGUAACUACUUCCUCCAAAGACCGUGGAGGAAGAUGGGAAAGAGUAACAUUUAAAGUUGUUAUUUCGUACCAUGGGGGUUCAUUUGAUGGUUGGCAGAAACAGCCUGGCCUCAAUACUGUUCAAGGGUUAGUGGAGAAACAUCUUGGACAGUUUGUUGAUGAGCGAAAAGCUAAACAGCUUGAAGCAAGAUCUUUGCCAAUAGAAGGCUGUGCAGUUGUUGCUGGGCGCACUGACAAAGGGGUGACUGCUCUUCAGCAAGUUUGCUCAUUUUAUACAUGGAGAAAGGAUGUCAAAUCGGGAGAUAUAAAAGAUGCAAUAAAUGAGGCUGCUCCAGAUAAACUAAAACCUUUGCAUGUGUCAGAGGUUCCACGUGAGUUUCAUCCUAAUUUUUCAGCAAAAUGGAGGAGGUACAUGUAUAUUUUUCCUCUCGAUGAGGAUGCUAACUUGAUCUUAGGGGAAGCACAUUCCUCAAAAAUACUAGAGAAUUCUGAACACAACAUAAAACCUCAAAGCUUUGAUGUGGCUAAGGUUGACAAAAUUCUUAAAACACUUGCUGGAAAGACAUUGUCCUACAAGAUGUUUGCACGUGAUACGCAAGCUUCACGAAGUGUUGGGCCACCUACAGAAUGUUUCAUGUUCCAUUCCCGAGCUGCAGUGGCCAAACUACAUUAUGCUAAUGAGGAUUACAAAGAAGGUAUGAUGGUCAUGUGCGUUGAGCUAGUUGCGAACAGGUUUCUGCGCAAGAUGGUCAGGGUUCUUGUUGCCACUGCCAUAAGAGAGGCUGCUGCUGGUGCUGGUGACGAUGCUUUGCUGAACCUAAUGGAAGCCACUGAUAGGCGUGCCACAGCACCUCCAGCACCGCCAGAAGGCCUCUGCCUCAUAGAUGUUGGUUACGAAGAUUUUACUAAACAGAGGUGCUUCAUAGUUGAUUAAAGAAAGUAUUCCUUCUAGAGGUGAGUGUGCGCAUUUGAGUUUUUGUGUCUGCUGUUUCUCAGAAAAGGGACAAAAAAAAAAGAAACUUAUUCCGUAGCUUUUUGUUAGAGGAAUACAAGAUGCACGGUUGGUUGAACAAUGGAGGAAUUUGGUUACUCCAGGUUGCUGACAAGAUAACAAAGCCUCUCUGUUUAGAUUUUGGCCCUAUAUCUACAUGCUUGUUCACUACGAACAUGACCAAUCCCACACCAUUCUUUGUAUUGACCAAUCGAUAUUUUAAAGCUGGCUUAUAGGAGGGAGCAGUAACGUUGGGCCCACGCUGAUGAGGAAAUCAAGUUGAAACAUAUAGGAUUUCUGAAAAGUUAGUACCGCAAUUAUCUGUCAGGUUUCCACUUGAGCAAAUAAUUGCGUAGUACUAUUAUCUGUCAGGUUUCCACUUAGUGCAAAUAGUUCCAUAACCUUUUUUUUUUCUUGGUCAGCAGCUCCUUUCGCUGUGUAUUUUUUUUUCGUUCUCCAGUGUUUUCCUACCCGACUAUUGUGCUACAUCGAGUUUCAGUUGUACAUUCGGUAAAUUGGUGUGUUAUGCGAACAUACGGCAGCUCUGAAAUGUGCAGGAAUACUUCAUGUCGUGUCCAAGUGACCAAGCCAUGCUGCUGCUAUUAGUCGGCUAUUUUUGGUUGUUAUGAGUGGCCUAUUUGUAUUUUGUGGUUAUUUUUUAAAAAAUAUAUAAAUUUGGUAGUGUACUUA